AUGGCGGCUUUUUGGCGCCAAUGUGAAAGUGUUUUUGAAAAACUGGACACGGCAAUCCUGAUCGCUUUAGUGAUCGUGAAUUACGGAAGUGGAGUUGCGGCACACGAUGACACCAAGGCCGAUCAGCUCGCCGAGGAGUCAAAGCUCCGAGCCGUCACCAUCAUCGAGCCCAAGUACGUAAACCCUAAACCCAACGCGACGGCCACCAACGCGACUGUUCCGCAAACAAAAACCAUCAAGCCGGAACAGCGCCCGCCCAGCAAGCCGCCCAUCACACCCGACAAAUUGGGCAAACAAAUAUACUACAUGGACAUACCGCGCCCGUACUACGGACACAUACAGAAAAUACCGCCGCCACGACACUACCCAAAACCGCCACUGAAGUUACAUCACUCACCAAACUCAGUUUAUAAGUUUCCUAGAGUGAUACCGUUACCUCCACACCUCCAAAAACGUUAUUACAUCAAUAGGCCGAUGGUGUUCGCAGCGUCCAACGCUAAGGCCACUGUCGCGAAAAGUCCUAAGUUCAGCUUGCCGGUGCAAACCAUUAACGGCAUCAGGACGGACUUUGUCAGACCGCCGAAUUAUUACAACAUGACAACAACAACAACGACCACAACUUCCACAGAGGCGACCACCACCACGAAGGUACUCAGGACGAAACGAAUAUGGCCCAAACGGGUGAUAGAAAAUGAUAAUACGACUCUACACAACACCACAGUGACAAGCAACACGACAAACAUCAACAACACAUUAGACGAAACUGAUCACAACACAUUAGAGAGCGUCAAGCGAGUUAGAUUCGUGCAUAGAAAUACUACUAAGACGACGACGACAAGCGCCCCUUCGCUAACUACGCGAAGCUAUCAUCCGGUGACGAGGAAAUCCAAAAUAAAAUCUACCACCACUCCAACGCUCAACUUCACGGCUAUAGGCCCCAACGAUUGGGUGCCGAUGGUACCGUCGCAUUUCCCCAAGCUUCACAAGCCAGUCCCGACGCCAAUUGCCAAACGUUCAGACAUCGUAGAGAACGGUGUAACACCGGCUGGGAAGCAAACUCUAUACCUACAAUCAUUCGGACUGGUCCCCGUACCGCCCAGCGCCGCACCGGCAAUGACCAGAAAAAAAAUGGUAUUCUUUAAACGAAAACGCCAACUGAACCCGUAUUAUUCUGGUUACAGCCCGAAUCCGGUGCGCACGCCCACGCCCUACUUGUACGGGGACCUUCAGACGGAUGGUAGCCACAGUCGGCCGAAGGUAGUCACCAAAAUCAAACAUCAUCAUCACCACCACCAUCACAGAUACAUAAAAACUGUUGAGAAACCUGUCAAAAUUCCAUACAAGGUGGAGGUUCCCAAGCCUUACCCAGUGCCCGUUGAAAAGAAAGUGCCAGUGCCCGUUGAGAAAAUAAAGGUGGUUGAGAAACCGGUACCGUAUCCCGUCACUGUAGAAAAGAAGGUCCCGUACCCGAUAGGCAUAAAAGUACCUCAUCCUGUACCUGUGAAAGUCGUCGAGAAGGAAUACGUGCCUAAACCUUACCCGAUAGUGCAUCACGUGCCGGUGAUAAAGCAUAUUCAGGUGAAAGUACCGCAUCCCGUGCCAGUACCCGUGGAGAAGAAGGUGCCCUAUCCAGCCGGUACCGGUGCCAGUUCCAGUAGACAAAAAGUGCCUUACCCAGUACCGGUGAAAGUGUUGGUCCCACAACCAUACCCAGUUGAAACUAAAGUGCCCUAUCCGGUUCAGGUAAAAGUAAAGGAACCCGUUGAAGUAAUCAGACACGUUCAUGUGAAAGUACCGGUGCCUCAGCCUUAUCCGGUUAAGGUUCCCCAUCCGGUACCAGUCCCUGUGGAGAAGAGAGUACCCUACCCAGUGGAAGUCGAGAAAAAGGUGCCCGUACCCGUUCAAGUUCUUGUUCCGCAAAAGGUGGAAGUGGAGAAGCGAGUGCCGGUUUACGUGCCGAGGCCCUAUCCGGUUGAAAAGCGGAUACCAGUGCCGGUGAAAGUACCGUAUCCUGUGAAGGUACCCGUGAAAGUCCCGGUUCAGGUGCCAAUCGAAGUGCCGGUAUACAUCCACCACCCAUACCAAAUAUAUAAUGACGAUCAAUACGUUUCUAACAUCGUGUCAUCAACAGACCAUGUGACUAGUAGCCCGCACCACACGGUGACUGUCCACGGGAAUACUGGAUUCACAGGAUUCCAGUCCCGCUCGGACAAACCCGACACAACAACAGUCGGUACUAAAAGUUAAAUUAAUUUUAAUGUUGUAAAUAAAGGGCUUAUUGUUUCAAACAGUUUGUAAAGGAAGAAAAAAUUAUCACGAAAUUUGCUUUUAAUGUAUCUGGCAAAACCUUACAAACAGUUUAAAAUAAUUCCCAUUGUAUAUCAGAGUCUUAGAUUAAACGUUAUCGUUGUAGUACCUUACUGUAGAAACUACGUUAGAUAAGUUAUUGUUGUGUUUGUGUGGAAUGAUAAACAUCGAUUUGAGUAAAUGUAUGAUGCUGUGAUA